UCACUACAGAUGUUUAUUUAAAAUAUAAAUAUAUGGUGAGAGAUAAGCUGAAGAGAGAAGAAAAUGGGGGUCCCACGACAAACUGCCUGUUUUUCCCUAGUGAGAGGAGCAUGCAGCAGAGAGAUUAUAGCUACAUUGAGAGGUCUAGCAGCAUACGUGUAGGAGAGGUUGUGCGCUCUGUGAGCUAUGGCAUUUGGACAAGCACUGAGAAAAGUGACUUCAGUCCUGUCUUCUAAGGAUGGUUUCAAUGCAGCCACGUUAGGUAAAUAAUGAAAUUGCAGCAGCCAGUGCAAUGACAGGGAGUGGGGAUGGGGGGUAGCCACUUUGCCAAAAAGACCUCCAGGCAAUUAGAAUAAGGCAAAGACCUGGAAGAUCUUGGUCAAUAUGGAAAUAACCAAUGUCCUUUGUAAAUGAUGCUCACUUAUUGCUUUUUAGUCACAAAACGCCAGGACCAGCCACCCCAAGUCCAGUUCAAUCCAGUAAGGAGGGAUGUGGGCUCAUGCUUUUGGGUUCUCUGCCUUGCCUCAUAUCGGGGGAAUUCUCGGCUGGCUCUUGACACGGAAGGAAGUGCCUACUUGGUUCGAAAGCCUGAAGAAACCCUCUUGGCGUCCACCCAACAAAAUGUUCCCCGUCGUGUGGACUACCCUGUACACAGGCAUGGGCUAUGCUUCAUAUUUGGUGUGGAAUGACUUAGGGGGCUUCAACAGCAAAGCUGUCAUCCCGCUGGGCCUCUACGGGGCUCAGCUUGCCUUGAACUGGGCUUGGACUCCCCUAUUCUUUGGCGCUCAUAAGCUAAAACUGGCUCUGGUGGACAUCUUGUGCCUAUAUGGCCUGGUGCUUGGCACCAUGUACUCUUGGUACCCCAUUAACAAGAUGGCAACAAUGCUGAUGGUGCCUUAUCUGGCCUGGCUGACCUUGGCUUCUUCUCUCACCUUCUGCAUCUGGAGGGACAAUCCUGAGGAGGAAAAAGGAAAGAGUGACUAAGACAAAAAGAGGAGCUGGUGAAAUAAGGUCAUUCUAUGAAACCAACCCAUCCUGAUGUGAUGUGGUGAACCAAGAGCUGAUAGCCUGGGGGUAGUUAAUUUUAUUAAGAUGGACACCUGAACAUACAUAUUAUUUGCAUAGGGCGGAUGGGGAAAAUUUUGCACAAUGCAAUGGGAUGUCCCUUUAAGGCUACCAUAUACCUUUAACCUGAGAACCCCUGCCUCUCUCUUUCUCCAACAAUGCUGGGGUUUUGGGGUUACAGCUGUAUGGUGGUCUUAUAGGGACACUAACAGGUUAAAUCUCAUACGCCAAUUUCUGCUCUGUUAUGCCACUAUAAAUUCAGAGUCACUCCACUGAAGACAAUGGAGUUAUUCUGGAUUUAUAUCAGUGCAACUGAGAUCAGAAUUUGCUCGCAUACAUUAAAAAAAUUCUCACCUGUGUGACAAAAAACACCUGAGAUGAUUAAAACAGGACUAUUUUUACAAACCUAAUGGCUUUUUGCCUUUUCUGCUGUUUAAUUUUUGCAUAAGACUCAGUUUGGACUUUUUACCAUUAGCCAUUAACUUCUCACCAUCUAGGUUGCUUGCUCAUUACUUGCCAUUCUCUCUGCCUGCAAAAUGAAAAUGGUCAGGUUCAUUUUCUGCUUUUAGUCUAUUGUGCUUCUUGGUUCUCAUGCCCCUGUGCAAUGCUGCAAUGACUGGAGUGCAAAUAACUGUACUGAAGGGAAAUCUUUAUCUGUCCCACCUCUAAAAUACCCCUCCCCACAAACCCUCCCCCCCCCCCGCAUUCACUGAAAUAAAACAUCCCCCAAAACAUGUACUGACACAUUUAUAAUAUGCUUUGUAAAACCUUCAAACCAACCCCUCUAAAUGUUGUGCCUUAAACUACCAGACAACAGCUGGGAUUUUCAAAGGUGCACAAGGGAGUUAGAUGCCUAAAUUCCAUUGAAAUUCAGUGGGAAUUGGGCACCUGACUUAGGGUGACCAGAUGUCCCGAUUUUAUAGGGACACUCCUGAUUUUUGGGUCUUUUUUCUUAUAUAGGCUCCUAUUACCUCCUUACCCCGUCCCGAUUUUUCACACUUGCUGUCUGGUCACCCUAACCUGAGUCCUUUAAAAUCCCAGGCAGUAUCACUUUACCCACUACCACUUUGGAAUUUUCCAGGUUAGUGGAAGCGGUGCCUGAUUCAUGUAAAAAACAGGCCCAUAAAGACUGCUCAUGUGAGAGAGUGCUUGCAGGCCGGGGCCCGUAAUGCUGAGGAGGUUGUGCCUCCUUAGACUCACCAAGAGGGUCCUGGACAAAUCGACUGUCUAAAGUGCUUACCAGACCCCCAUUACCAUAGCAUGUGAGCCCCUCGCACUUUUUAUGCUCACAAACUCCCUGUGAAGUAGGACAAUGCUAUUAUCCCUAUUGUACAGACAAGGAGACUGAGGCACAGAGAGACUUAAGCCAGGUCUACACUAGAAAGUUUUGAUGGUAAAGCAAUCUGAGUUAGGGGUGUGAUUUUUCUUUUUUUAAACAACAUUUCUAUAUUGGCAAAAGCCCUAAUGUGGAUGUAGUUAUCCCAACAAAAAAGCUUUUGCUGAUUGACGUUUUUUGCUUUGGGAAUCAAGCUAUACCAACAAAAGCAUUCCUUUGCAAGUAUAAACAGCAUCUACACUACAAGAAUUUGGCAGGAUAGCAAUACUAGUGAGUGGUUUCUAGUGCAGACUAGGCCAAAGUGAUGUGCCCAAGGUCACAAAAGCAGUCGGUGGCAGAGCAAAGACAAUUCUAACCUCCUGGGCCAAUGCUCUAACCACUGGACAAUCCUUCCUCUCCAGAAGAUAAGAAAUUCAAAAUGUUCAGGCUUCAACCUCCAUCUGGCCAGGGCCGGGCUCUAGGAUUUUGGCCGCCCCAAGCAAAAAAAUAAUUUUUGGCCACCCCCCUUUUUUUCAUGCCCCUCCCGCCCCUGGCCUCGCCCCAGCUCUGCCCCUUCCAAACCCGUUCCCCAAAUCCCUGGCCCCGCCUCCUCCCCCGGGGGUGCUGCAUUUCCCCCCCGCAUUGCUUCCUGCGCUCCCCCCCCCCCCCCACGACCUCCCACCCUAGCUCACCUCCACUCUGCCUGCUCCCCUGGGUGCGCUACUGCUCCGCUUCUCCCCCCUCCGUCUCAGGCGAGGGAGGGGGGAGAAGCAGAGCGGCAGUGCAUUCAGGGGAGCAGGCGGAGUGGAGGUGAGCUGGGGGGGGCCGCAGGAAGUAACAGGGAGGUAGAGGAACCGCUCCCCGCUCCAGCUCACCUCCGCUCCACCACCGUCACCUCCUCCGAGCACCCCGCCGCUCGGCUUCUCCUCCCUCCCUCCCAGCCUUGCUGCGCGAAACGGAGAAGCAGUGCGGCGGCGGUGCACUCAGGGGAGUAGGUGGAGGCGAGCUGGGGCAGUAGGGGCACUUUUUCCCCAUGCCCCGGAGUCAGCGCCUAGGAUGGCCGGCGCCAGAAUGCUGCCCCUAGAAAUGUGCCGCCCCAAGCACCUACUUAUUUUGUUGGUGCCUACAGCCGGCCCUGCAUCUGGCCCUGAUUCAGGACUUCAACGGGACUUCAGCAUGUGCUUAAAGCUAAGCAGGUACUUAACAAGUUACUGAAUAAGGAUGUUUUCCUGAAUGCUGCCACACUGUCUCCUUUCACACAUUAUGGUGAAUUAUGGACGUAGCCUAUAUUUGUUUUAACCCAAGGAAGAGGGGAGUUAAGGGGUUGCUUUGUUUUUUAAAGGGGGCAAAACAGGCAGGGAAGAUGACAAUGUACUUAAUAUUCCAGAGCAAUGAUACACAGUAAUCGGUGCAUCUCAGAGUGUGUCUACACCGCAAUUCGACACCCCAAGCUGGCCUGUGCCAGCUGACUCAGCCUCGCAGAGCUCGGACUAAGGGGCUGUUUAACUGCGGUGUAGACAUUUGGCCAUGGGCUAGAGCCUGGGGUCUAGGACCCAGCGAGGUGCGAAGGGGGAAUGAACCCCACUGCAAUUAAACAGCCCCUUGGCCUAAGCCCUGUGAGCCCAAAUCAGCUGGCACGGGCCAGCCGUGGGGGUCCAAUUGCAGUGUAGACACACCCGUAGAGCAUAGGGUUGCCUAUUUUGGUUGGAUGUAUUCCUGGAGGUUUCAUCGCAUGACAUCAUCUUUAACUGAAGAUUAAUCUUUAAUUCCUGGAGAACCCAGAACAAUCCUGGAGGGUUGGCAACCCUAUGAGAGGAAGGUCCAUUCCAACCUCCCCCAUUCUGAUCCUUCCUUCUGCUGUCUAGGCAUUAGAUAUUCCCUGUUUAGAGAGAGGAUUUACUAUUUUUUUAUUAAAUAAAAACAAUGUAUGUAUCUCUC